CUUCUUUCUCCACCCCUGUACAUUUCUAUACUCUUCUUACAUGUCGCUUACCAUGGCCUGCUCAUUUCAAAACCUGCCUGAAAUCGUCAUUGGCAACAUCCUCGAGCAUUCAACCGGACUCUCACGCAACAACAAGGGCUUUGCCAGUCGACAGCAGGCGUGCACAGCAUCUGGGGCCAUCGCAUUCAUAUCAAUUUGUCGCAGCUGGCGCAGUGUCGCACGCCCCAUCAUAUUUCAGCUCGCAUUCUACUCUGACGCCGAUCGAGCACCCAAGGCUCUUCUAAACCCGCUUCGCAUCAACAUCUGCUCUGCAGUGUCUCUAGGCAUGGAGGCCCUUGUCCAUGCCGUUAUUUUCGAGCUCAGCAGUACCACAGGGCCCAGCUAUAGCUCUAUCAGCUUUCUAAGCCACGACAUCCUGUCAAAUGCUUGUUUUCCUGCGACAAUGGCGCUGACACUUGUUUAUGCACCAGGACGGAGAACAAAACUGAGGGGUAUCUACUCCACACAGUGCAUUCGGCGCCUCGCAUUCCUAUUUCCUCAUUUGGCCACAACCACCAUUAUAAAGGACGACCAUAGCGGGUCAUUCUCGGCUACUAGCAGCACCCAUACAGACAGAUUCGCAAAUAUACAAUCGGCGGAAGAUGGCCCGCUCCGCAUGCUCUUUGACUCGGGUCCUGUGUCGCAGCUUACACGGCUGGAGUGGACAACACUGCCAAAAACAAAUGCCUCGACACUGCUCUCACUCCUAUACCACAGCAGAUUGACCUUGGAGAGCUUUGUUCUGCAUGACUCGAACCCUCAGACCUGGCUGCUUGCUGUGCAAGACGAGAGCGGCCGGUGUGUUGUGUAUCCGCGCCUCACAAACAUAGUUGUGGACGGACAGAUUUCGUGGUUCCAGACUCCGCGCCUGGCGCCAGACGGUGUGCCUUUUCCCGCGCUGCGCUCCAUUCGGUGUCUCAACUCAUACCCGUAUGCCAACGACAUCAUCUUCCGGGGCAAUGCCGCACACUUGGCCCAUGUCUCAAUCGAGGUUGACCCAGGAUCCCUGCAGCUGCUCAGAAACAUCUCUGUGCUUACCAGCGGCCGUUUCCGAAGUGCAACCACACUGCGAAUUUCGUCACGGAUACACUGCUGCCCUGAUGAACUAGCCCAAAGUAUAUAUACCCUUGCGUUUUCAGCCGCGCCAAAGGCACGGAAUAUCCAUCUGAAUAUCGCCUGUCCGGUCGAGAUGAGUAGUGGCUGUGUAGCUUCGAGGAUAUCUGCGGUGGGGUUGACACAUCUGCAAGUGCUGGCCCUGCCCCGAGUUGCCUUCGCCACUAGGGACAUAGUCGUCCUCGCCUCAUCAUGUCCGUCGCUGAUCAAACUUACAGCAGGGAUCGCCAAGCACGAUAUGGAUUACCCGACCAUACCAGUAAUGCCAGGGCGUAUUUGUCUGGAAGAGCUACAUGUAUGCGGUGCGGUCGGAUGGCCAUCGUCCAGAAUGAGUAGCUUUGCUAGCACGGUCAAGCAGCACAUCCCCAGACUGAGAUACGCAUCUUUUGGCAAGCAAGGCUGUGGUUUCUGAUAUGUAAUGUGAAAUAUAGACACUAUUUGUUUAACGGUGAACGCCUUACAGU